AUGAAGGUGGAGCCGUGCUGGCAACGUGGCGGGGGCCUGGGCCAGGCGCCGGAACGCCCAUGCCGCGCGCCGCGCUGGAAAUCAUGGACCACUGCCUGUUCUCAAAAGCAUGCGCGCGGCUUCCUGUGGAAGGCCGCCGGCUGCGACGGGCCCUCCCUUGGCUGCGCGCCGCCCGGGCGGGCCGCCCGGGCGAGCUCCCCGGCAGCCCGCGCGGACCGCCAGCACCGGCGGGCGGCCUCCAGCGCGUUCGCGUUCUCCGACAGGGCCGACGACGAGGCCGUGAGCCCGGAGGACAGAGCCAGCGCCAUCAGGCUGGGUGCCGGGUGCGUCCUGGCGUUCUCCCGCGUCGCCCGGGAGAGCCUCGGCAAGGCGCGCACCCUCGGGGAGCUGAGGGCCUACCUGUCGGACCUGCAGGCGCGGGAGGACAUGCUCAACGGCGUGGCGGUCGCCCUCGCCCCUUGCCAGCUGGGAUAG